AUCAAUGGCGCAAUUUCAUCGAAAGCAUCACUCAUAGAGCUGUGUCCACCUCCAUCUGUUGCAGGGAUAGAGCGCUCAUUCAAACCCUAGCUCUCAGCGUGGGCACCAUAGAUUGCAAAAUGGUACAAUGAGUGUCGAUUCUGUUUCAACCGUCUUCCGGCAACGACUCUUUCUCCGAGAUGAUAGCAAAGAUCUCACAGGCGACAAAGAAAAAAUCAGGCAGAAAGGCAAAAUUUAUAUGAACCGAAAAUGGGUUGAUGGGAGUGUUUAGAUUCCUAUAGUAUAUCUUCGAAGAAAGCCCAUAGCGAUGAGAACCCGUUUUCACAGUCGUGGACACACCGAUCGGUUUUCUGAGGGUCGCUGGCCUUGUUUUAAGUUUUUUCACUUCCCAGAAUCUGCGUUUUGAGAUACUGUUCCGUGUCCAGGUACAUUGAGCUUCCAUCACCCCGAGUCUUCAAACCCAGCGUCUUCGAAUUCCAGCAUAAGGGGCGUGUGUGAGAGGAUUGGGAAGUGGGUUUGGUUUGAUUGGUGAAGUGGGGUAGAGAUGGGGUUGGAUAAGGAUGGCAUCAGCAAUAUUGCAAAGGAGAGGAUCGCCUCUUCGUUAGUGGAGGACACCAAGGACUUGGCUGCGGAGUUGUGCAAGCAUUUCUACAACCAGGGGUGGGUGUCGGGCACAGGAGGAAGCAUUACAUUGAAGGUGCUUGAGUCCGAUGUCGAUGUGCAGGAGCGACUUAUUGUCAUGGCGCCCUCUGGUGUGCAGAAGGAAAGGAUGUUGCCCGUAGACAUGUAUGUGCUUAGUUCAGAUGGCACUGUACUGUCAGCACCUCCUGCUAAGGGUGCACCACACAAACCUCCCAAGUGUUCAGAGUGCUGCCCUCUCUUCCUCAAGGCUUACAAAAUGCGAAAUGCUGGGGCAGUUAUUCAUAGUCAUGGUUUAGAGUCUUGCCUUGCCACUAUGAUCAAUCCCACGGCCAAAGAGUUUCGGAUUACACACAUGGAAAUGAUCAAGGGCAUUGCUGGGCACGGAUACUAUGACGAACUUGUUGUUCCUAUUAUUGAGAACUCAGCCCGUGAAUAUGAGCUCACCGAUGCUCUAGCAGCGGCUAUGGAAGCGUAUCCUAAGGCAACUGCUGUCCUCGUGAGGAACCACGGCAUAUAUAUCUGGGGUGAUUCUUGGAUCAGCGCGAAAACCCAGGCCGAGUGCUACCACUAUCUUUUCAAUGCCGCUUUGAAGCUUCACCAACUGGGUCUUGAUCCAGCAGAUGCUAAACAUGGCCCUCUUACAAGACCACAGACUCUUCCUGAUUUUGCAAACAAGAGAGCUACUUCAAAGAACGUGUUUGUUCUGGAUAUCGAGGGCACUACAACACCUAUCUCGUUCGUGACCGAAGUGUUAUUUCCGUAUGCUAGAGAAAAUGUUUCAAGUUUCUUUAAAUCCACUUACAACAGUCCUGAAACUCUUAACGACAUUCGAUUGCUUCGUGACCAGGUGCACGAGGAUUUAAGAAACAAUGUGCCUGGAGCCACAGAAAUACCCGUUGAGAGUGCAGGCAUAGAUGCUGUUGUUGCAGCCAUUGAGAAGAACGUGCAGGCAAUGAUUAAAGCUGACCGAAAAGUAACUGCUCUGAAGGAACUACAGGGCCACAUUUGGAGAAUUGGGUAUGAAAAUGGCGAGUUGAAAGGUUCGGUCUUUGAGGAUGUCCCUGAGGCACUAGCAAAGUGGGAUGCAAGGGGUAUCAAAACAUACAUAUACUCUAGUGGCAGCCGAGAAGCUCAAAAGCUCAUUUUUGGAAACACUAACUUUGGUGACCUUCGGGUAUACUUGUCUGGAUUCUUUGACACGACUAUUGGACACAAGAGAGAGGCAAGAAGCUACAAAGAAAUUUUCCUUACACUUGGAGUUGAUCACCCUAGUUGUAUAACAUUUGCUACCGAUGUGCUUGCUGAAGCCGUUGCUGCCAAGGAAGCAGGUCUGCAAGCGGUACUCUUGCUGCGUCCUGGAAAUGCGCCAUUGCCUUCAGAUCAUGGCUUCCGGACAGCCAAGUCUCUCCUUGAACUGUGAGAUAAGAUGCUUACUUGCAGUGGCGAUCAUGCAACAGCUUGAAAUGUAGCGGUUUGUUUACAGUUUCAAGCUGUAACUGAGUGUCAAGGUUGCAGUAUUGUAGAUGAAGUGCUUCCGUUAUCAAUUGUAUUUCACUUGAAAGAUGUACUUGAGAUUUUGGAAUCUCUUUUAGGAAUCCCCAGUGACAAGUUUGUUAUUGUUUACAUGAAAAUCCACAAUACACUACAAAGAGGUGCAUCGAAUUAAGAUUGA